AGGGGAUCAGACCCCACCGAAGGCCUAUGAAGUAAAUGAAGGAGGUCUGCCUUGCCAGGUAAGUUUCUUUCCCUCGCUGUAUUCACUCACACACUUUCCCUCUGUAUCACACACACAGGACGCAGAAUGUCCACAUUCCAGCCGGUGUUGUGUCCAUCAGGCCACGCCCAGCGCGCGCUCACACACACACACACACACAGACAGACUGUACAGUAGAGAGCGAUGGUACUGCUGCUCUAAGCGCUUAGUGUUGCGGUGAUCUGAAUGAAUGACAGCUCCACCAACAGCUCACAAUAAUGACACCUGAAGGACAGGUCUUUUUAUGCUGGUUUUGGCUUCUCCAAAUGCUGCAUGUGACUGAAGGAAGCGGUAAGGAAUGUGAGUGUCCAUCUGCCAGCAUUUUGUCUCACUUUCCAUCUGAGGUACCCAGUGACACUUGCUGCUUGAACUACUCAGGAUCCACGUUCAACCAGGUUCCCUGGGCAGCUUUUUUGUCGCAUGCACACCUGCAGGUUUUGGACCUGUGUAACUGUAAUAUCAGUCACAUUGAUCACAGUGAGGUCGGUGAUGCUGUCAGUUCACUGAGGGAGCUGUAUCUUGGCCAGAACAGACUGACAUCUCUGCCAGGUGACUUCCUAGCUAAAGCCUAUAGUUUGGAAGUGCUGGAUCUGGGAGAAAAUCAUCUGAAACAUUUGCCCGAGCAGUUUCUGCAGAGCUCGGACAAACUGCGAGCGUUGAUCCUGGGAUGGAACCAGCUGAGCGCUCUACCUCAUUCAGCGCUUAAGCCUUCGCUAGAGCAUCUGGAGCUCAUCGGAAACCCCUGGGCCUGCACAUGCUCGCUGUUGGAGGGCCUUCAAGGUGGUCCACACAUCAACUCCAGCAGCCUUCAGGACCUCGUAGGUAAUCUGACCUGUGCCUCUCCUCAGAAUCUCGCAGGACGGACUGUUUGGUCUUUGCAGACGAGUGACGUGUGCCAUUUGGCCAACCUGACCGCUCUCUUCAUCCUGCUUCCCCUGUUCCUCCUCCUCAGUUUGGUGCUCUGCUGGUGCUGUGGGACGAAGAAGAAGAGGAAAGACAGCUCAUCGUUCAGCCCGUCUCGCAAAAGAUCCAACAACUCCCAUUGCAAUGGACGGUGGCCACAUGCCAAGCUGCCAACUGGGGAGUCAGCAGUGUCUGUAGACGGUGGAAAGGAGGUCAUACUGAAGAACCAGCUGAUGCUUCAGCCCUCAUCCAACUUGUUGGGCAGCACUCUGGAUAUUUAUGAGGAGGUGGAGAUCAAACUGGGCUCUGUAAACUCACUGGCCCCUCUGCCGUCCACUUGCUCCACAGAAGGGACAGCGGGAAAGCAGGACCUGGACAUGGUGAGUGUGAGCGAAGUGAUGAAGGACUCAGCCGAUCGGGAGAAGGCGUACCUGACCCAGUCCACUGAAUACUACAGCCUGGUUCCCGGGAUUGAAAUCGAAGACUCCGAUCAUGGAGAGUAUGAGAGUGUGGACCUCUCGUGACAGUACAGGAAAUGGUGCGUUUGACUGAGAUACUCAGAGAUGCAAGCAAGUACACUGGAAUUUGGGGAAGUCUGAAGGUGAGGUCACAUUUACCGUUUUCUUGGUCAAAUUUCAUGGGCAAAUCCAGUCCUUCCAAUAAGAAUCCGCAAAGAAGAAGAGUUUUGUGUGAAGGUGAUACCGACUGCUCAUGUUGAUCACAACUUGCCUCGCUGACCAACACAAAGCUGCUUGGUUUGAAAGUGACAUCUGCGUGAGCAGUUUUUUGCUAAUGUGACUGCACCUUCAGUAAGAAUGUUUCCCCUUUGGUUGCAAAUGCACAGUGAACGUUGCUGUUAAAGGAAGUCACUGUGCCGUGUGAAGCCAUUACUUUUGCAUACAACGUGAAUGAAUUACUGUACUGAUAAAGUGUCAAAUGGAGUUGUUUGCAGACUCAGUCUGUUGCCAAGAUAAGCUAUCAUAUAGCUGUCCCCUGGAUAUUUUCAUUAUAUUGAGAUUUUUAUAUCUUCGUCCUCUACUGUAAUUUAGAUGGGAAGUUUUAUUAUUGUAAUAUUACUUUGUGUUUCACAUUCAGUUACAGUGUUUAGAGUCAAUGUAAAAUGUAUUUGGUGUCACAUACAACUUAUAUAUCAUCAAGAAGAGGAAAAGUAACAGUAGAGAGCAAGAGAAUAUUAUCUGGUCUUUAUCUUGAGUAAUCAAAUCUGCUCAAAUUUGAUGUAUGAUGGAUUAACAUUUCUCUCCUACACAGAAUUUUGGAGGGUUACUGUUUAUGUAACUAUGUAAAUGUUGAAAACAGUGAUUAUUUAGUCAAUAAUGUCUAGCCUGUUUCCACAGAUGGCCUCAGCUGAUGUAAUCAUUAUUUUGGCUUUGUUAAUAAUUAAUGUAUUUUUAGCCAGUUAAAAACUUGUAUAAUCAAAUCAACAUAAACAGCUGUACUAGUCAAAUGAAGUGGCUUUUAGAUAAGAUCAGACUGACUCCGCAAGUAAAAUUUAACAUAAGCAGAUUUCAGUGGAAAGCCUAAAUAAAGCAGGAGAGGUUAUGUACACCAUUCAAAACAAGUAACACUCAACUUUUACCUAUAAAAUGACUUAUAACUGUCUUUUCGUUGAUUGAAAUAA